AUCCGAUAAACAAUGAAGCUGGCUAAUGUCUUCUGGCUUCCACGCUUUUCUCUCUCAGUAGUAGUAAUCAUGAUGAGCAUCGCAUUCGUUUCUCUAUUCUCGCACGUGCAAUCCUGUUUUCCCUACACGUGUGCAUGCGAAUCUCCUCCUAUACGAGCCUCCCCGCCAAUUUCUUUUUCCUAUAAAACCGGGCCCGGAAUCUUAGGCAAGUCCAUAACUGACACACGGAUGGCCGAUAUGGAGAACAAAUUUGUUGUCGAUGUCGAGAAACUUCGCGCUGAGUUCCUUCAAGUUUUGCGCAGCCGGCGAUCUGUAGAAGCUCCGCUUCGCGUGGAAUCUGCAAAACCUGUUACAGACCCUUUGUAUCAGGAUGCUACCCCACCAACGUUCAGCGAGGCAAUGGAAUCUUGUCCAAAGGCAAAUAUUUCCAAUCUCAAGGACUUGCUACAAGAAGAAAAUCUUUACUUAAUAACCGAGGCAGGAGAGCAAGGACGCUUGCCUCUGUUGAUUAUAAGCCUCAAGGAAAAAAGUAACCAAACCAGGCCUGCUGUUGUUUUUCUGCACAGUACACACAAGAACAAAGAGUGGUUAAGACCCUUGCUAGAGGCAUUUGCUUCAAGGGGAUAUAUAUCCAUUGCCAUUGAUUCCCGCUACCAUGGUGAACGUGCCAGGAAUAAGACCACCUACAGAGAUGCUCUUAUAUCCUCAUGGAAGAAUGGUGAUACAAUGCCAUUCCUAUUUGAUACGGCCUGGGACCUGAUUAAACUGGCUGAUUAUCUGACAACUGAAAGGAAGGAUAUAGACCAUUCUAGGAUAGGAAUCACUGGGGAAUCACUUGGAGGUAUGCAUGCAUGGUUUGCUGCAGCUGCUGACACACGAUAUGCAGUAGUAGCCCCUAUAAUUGGUGUUCAGGGUUUCAGAUGGGCCAUAGAGAAUGAUAAGUGGCAGGGUCGAGUUGACAGUAUUAAGCCUGUUUUUGAGCAAGCAAGAAUUGAUUUAGGGAAGAAAGAAAUUGACAGAGAAGUGGUGGAGAAGGUCUGGGAUAGGAUUGCUCCUGGCCUAGCCUCAAAGUUUGACUCUCCUUACACAAUACCAGCUAUUGCACCACGGCCCUUGCUGAUUUUAAAUGGUGCAGAAGAUCCUCGGUGUCCACUUGAUGGGUUAAAGGAACCGCAUUCAAGAACAUGCAAAGCUUAUGAAGCUGCAAAAUCUUUAGACAAUUUUAAGUUAAAUGCGCAACCUGGAAUCGGUCAUCAGAUGACCUCAGAAAUGGUAAAAGAAGCUAGCGACUGGUUUGACAAGUUCCUCAAGUGAUGCUGCUCUAGUUCAAAUAUGUUUGUUUAUUGCAUCUAAUAUUACUAGUUUGCAUUGUUUCGUAUUGAGACUUGACGCUAGUUGUGGUUUUGUGCAUUCAAUAAGUCCAAUGUUAGGACUAUUGAUUGCUCAAUAGGACUAAGUGAAAAGUAUUAUGCUAAUAGGCAAUAUUUUGUGUAAUAAAUUCAGGCCAUGGAUUUAAUACAGAAAGAUAAUUGUGUUCACAAA